AAAUCUAUACAUUCUAUAUGAACGAUCAUUUUUGGAUCAUGUGUCGCCGUCUGAUGAACAGUGAGGAAAACUUUCAUCAAUUGAUCCUCAUCAUCGAUGUGUUUAUAUAAGCACAGAACGAACAACUUACACGUGUUAAUAUUUUUACUCAUUACAAAUAGCUUUUAUCUUUAAGAAAAAAAUUGAUUACAAUAUCAUCAUUAUCAAUUACCAUAAUCGGUCAUGUAUGCUAUAACACCCGUAUAUAAAUCAAUACAUCAUUUCGAUUCGAAUGUGAUACAAACAUCAAUGUAUUCAAUGAAACCAUAUUAUUCGGGUAUAAUGGAAAACGAUCAACAACAGUUAUCGUCGUCAUCGAUUGAUUUACCAUCCGGACCGUUACCAAUUCCUACCGAUUUAGAUCUGGAAAAAGAUCAUGAUGCACGUAUGGCAUUGGAAGAUUUACUUUCAAGACAAAUGUUAUUAUUAUGUCGAUUAAAUGAUCUGGAACGUAAAUUGAUCGAUGUUAAUGACAUUCAAAUUAAACAAGAAAAAUUUGUAUCAAAAUUAUUAAAACCAUUGACCGAAAAUUAUGAAGAUAUUGUCAUCCAUUUUGAUCUGGAUCAUCCGCCAACAACAUUGUUGACAGUAUUGAGUUUUAUGAUUAAAGAUUCACCGGAAUUAUUUCUAAUCAAUUAUCAUGUUCAUUCAUCAUUGCAUGGUUGUUCAUCAAUUAUCGUUAAACAAUUUCAAAUGAAACAACAAGAUCUUAAUGCUAAACUUGAACAAAUUAAUUUUCGUUUCAAUACUUUGCAAGAUAAUAGUGAUCGAUUGAAACGAAAGAUUAUUAUAAAAUUUAUAGCCAAAAAAUUUUAUGAUGAUAAUAAUCAAAUGGAAGCUAUAUUUAAAUCCAAUCAACCAUCAAUCAAAGGUGAAUUGAAUAUUAUUCAACAUUUAUGCUUGAUGAUUUCGGCUAAUGAUUCGAAUGAAUGUGAUGAACUAUGGAAACUAUUACAACCACCAAAUGAUAUACAAUCCGAUCGAUAUUGUAUUGAAAAAUUGGGCCGAUAUUUUAUGGGUCUUGGUGAACGACGAUUUUUUUUCAAUCAUCCGCAACCACAAUUGAUUGAUAUUAUUAUCUGGAGUUUAGCUAAUCGAUCACGUGCAUUACGUUCAUUAAUGGAUGCUAAAUGGUACAAGGUGAUCGAAUCAAUGUUAAUGUCUGUUUAAUAUUCAGGAAAAAAAUGUUUUGAUUUUAAAUUUAAAAGAAACCCAAAUAAAAUAGAAAAAUGUUAAAUUUAA